AUGCAUCCAGCUAAGCGGUUGAGGCAGUCCUCGCCCGAGCGGCGCUCUGACAAGGACUCGCCCCCGUCUCUCAACGUCGCGACCUCCGGGCCGUCCCCCGCCACCAGCGAGCAGCACGGCGAUGGGCCUCCGCUAAGCGCGGGCCUCGCCGGCGGCACCAAGCAGGAUGGGGGUGCCGGCGCCAGUGCAAAGGUCGGCCAGAGCAGCAACUUCCGCAACGUCAGUGCCUGCAACCGCUGCCGCCUCCGCAAGAACAGGUGCGACCAGAAGUUGCCGAGCUGUGCCAGCUGCGAGAAGGCCAAUGUUGCGUGCGUCGGGUACGACCCCAUAACCAAGAAGGAAAUACCUCGCAGCUAUGUUUUCUAUCUUGAGACUAGAGUAGAUCAGCUCGAGGCGCUCCUGCGCGCAAACAGCAUCCCCUUCCCCCCAGCCAACGACCUGGAGCAUUGCUCGCGGAUGGGCGUCGAUUCCGUGUCCGUGAGAUCUCCAACUGAGGCCGCGGCGGCAGCUCCUUCAGACACCAUGGACAGCAUCACCGCGGUGGGCAGUACCGGUGAAAGAAGCGACGAGGCCAGGCUGCAGAGGCUGGUGUCCAAGUCGGAUAUUACACACGGCAAGGAAGGUACGGCAAACCCGCGGUACCUUGGAUCUACAUCCGGCGUCUCUUUUGCGCGGGUCGUCUUCGCCGCCGUCCAGUCAUCCGUCAAUGAGAACAAGUCUACUUCCGACAAGGCCGGAGUGCGCCCUUAUAAGCCCGUCGGCGGAAACUCAAAUUCCGGCAUUGGUACUACGAUGCGAGAUUCCUUCUUCGGCCUGCACACAAAACCAACUAUCCACCCUGCGCCCUUCCCGGACAGGGAGGUCGGAAUGGCAUUGGUCAACCUCUAUUUCGAGCAUGCGAACCCGCAGAUACCCAUCCUCCACAAGGUUGAGUUCAUGAGGCUGUUCGAACAGGCCUACGAUUCUGAAAGUCCCCAGCGUGGGCCCAAGGAACUAUACAUGUUGAACAUGGUUUUCGCUAUCGGCGGCGGCAUCAUAAUGGGGGCCAUGGCUAAGAAUGAGACGCAGAACAGCCAGGCGAAACCGGGGGAGGGCAAGAUGUCCUCGAGGCAAGCACAGCCCGAGGAGUACCACGCCAGUGCUAUCGUCCACCUGGAAGCCUGUCUCAACAACAGCGGAGGCGGGCUGGAGGAGCUGCAAGCGGUAUUGCUCCUGGCAAACUUCGCAUUGCUCAGGCCCGUUCCACCAGGCCUGUGGUACAUAGUCGGCGUUGCAGUCAGGCUCGCGGUCGACCUUGGUCUACAUUAUGAGGACGGCAAAGACGUCGACACCGGCCUUAAGGAGGUCUCAGGGCCACAACAAGAGAUGCAGCAGCGCGAGCGGGGGAGGAGAGAGUUCAUCCGGGAUGUUAGGAGACGUCUCUGGUGGGCUACUUACUCCUUUGACCGUCUAGUGAGUAUUUGCGUCGGAAGACCGUUCGGUAUCUCAGACCAAGUCAUCACGACCGAGUUCCCGUCUAUUUUGGAGGACGUUUAUGUCACCCCCGAGGGGUUCAAAGAACCACCUCCAGAUCUCGCCGCUCAACCCACAUACAAACUUGUCGCCCACCACUACUUCCGCCUGCGCUUGUUGCAGUCAGAAAUUCUCCAGGUACUACAGUACCAACAGGCCCAAGCUGCAAGGGCUUCAGGACAAAAUGUCAAGAACCCUUACAUGCACACGAGCCUCCCUUCCCCUUUCCUCUCAAAGUAUGAAUCCUUCAGAGCAUGGAGAAUAGACAUCGACAAGAGGUUAUACCACUGGAAGGAAUCCGCGCCAACAAAGCAGCGCACGGGGGUCGGGUUCUCAACUGAAUUUCUCGACCUCAACUAUUGGCAAGCUGUUGUCAUGCUGUACAGACAGAGUCUCAGCGUGCCUGCGAUGUUCGAGGGCGAGUACAACACGUCGAUGGAAGUCAACAGCCCCAACGUUCACAAUGCCGAGCUUAGGGAAGAUGAGGACAGAAUAUACCUGAAGGUUGCGGAGGCUGGGCAGAAGAUCAUGCGGCUAUACAGGCAAUUGCACAUUGCCGGUGUUAUCAACUACACUUACCUGGCCACACAUCACAUAUUUAUGGCGGGUAUAUCGUACCUGUACGCGAUAUGGCACUCGCCGAUUGUGCGAAGCCGUCUUUCGAUGGAUGAAGUAGAUUUCACGAUUCUUGCUGCCACAUCUGUCUUUACAGACCUCAGCGAAAAGUGUCCUCCGGCAGAGGCGUGCCGUGACGCCAUUGACCGCACGGCAAGGGCGACGAUAAGAAUGGCGAACUCUACCGGUGGUUUCGGCCAGGUUCUCCCACGAAAACGGGCAGGGUCAAGAGGCAGCGUGGACCAGCGUGACUGGGCGGCCAGGAGCGACACGGCCUCCAGCAAAGGCCAAAGGCAUCCUCACCACCAGGGAGGAGACGAACGCAACCUCAUGGGGGCGUCGCAGUACGGCCUGCCGGGCAUCACGGACGCUUAUGCCAACGCGUCAUCGAGCUCCCACCUGCCACCGAUACAAUCAGCGCUGCAGCGCAUGAACUCGCUCCCGAAUCUCAAGGCGGAAUCGGACGGGUUCUCCAUGAUGCGGUCCGUUCCGGGCCAGCCGCGCAGCAGCAUCACCGCACCCGAGGCCGGCAACAGCCCCGACACGUCCGCAAUAGACCCGUCCCUGCUGCCGUCCCCGACCGCGGUGCGCACGCCCCCGGGCGUGGGGUCGCCCUCGUCCAACGCCGCCGGCCCCGCAGCCCGCCGCGGCAACAUGUCCCAGCUGCCAGCGGCCACUACCGCCGCGCAGAUGGCGGCGUUCCUCGCGCACUCGCAGGCGCCGCACCAGCAGCAGCAGCAACAACAGCAGCAGCAGCAGCAGCAGCAACAGGCAGGCGGCUUCUCGCCCGCCCGGCAGCUCAACUUCGGGGACCUGCAGGGUAUGGACUUCCUCAACCAGGUCACCGGCAACAGCAACGGGAACCUGCCCGAAGGCGUCGAGGAACCCCAAAACGGGGACUUCGGGUUCGGCCUCGGCUGGGAGGGCUUGCACCACGACUUCAGCGACGGCCAGCAGUACGACCUGUUCGACGGGUUCUUCUUUGGGGGCCAGCAGGGCGGCGCUGGGUCGAACGGGGUGCUGUGA